AUGGCGCCUCAGGAUGCGCUCAUUGUUCGGGAGCAAGCUGAACCCGAUCACGCGGUGGUGCCUUUUACAGCCGAAGACCUGUCGCGUCCCAAGGCCGGCCCUCUUAACCCGUUCAAAGACGAGAGCAAUACUUUGAAGCGCAAGACCGUCCCAACCGGACAUGCAGAAGAAACUUUCUUGAGCGAACACACAUUCCGAAGCAAACAUCGUGCUAUUGAGCGACAAGGAGGACGAGGAGGUCCAGAGCGACAGUAUCAGACAAACGCAGAACUGAAAGCGGAAGCGGCGAGAAUACGAGCUGGACGUGAAGACAAGGGCAGCGCAACCAUUGCGGAAGGUCCCGGCUCCUACGUUGGACCCUGGGCGCGAUACAAGAAGUCCGAGUAUGAGAUCGUGGCAGAGGACGAGGAACUGGCGAGCGAUGAAGAAUAUGAGAUUGUAGAAGAGGAAGAAGAGGUCGUUGAGAGUGGCACAGUUGUCAGGGCGCCAACCAAGGCGCUAGAACAACGAAAAGAGGCGGAAAAGAUGGGAGACGAGAGAACCGAGUUCCAUGGGUCUGCCGAAACCGACUACCAAGGCAGGACUUAUAUGCACGUUCCUCAGGACCUGGAUAUCGACCUUCGAAAGGAAGUGGGAAGCGUUACCAAUUACAUCCCAAAGAAGCAAAUCCAUUCUUGGAAGAACCACAACAAGGCGGUUACUGCACUACGAUUCUUCCCUACUUCAGGACAUUUGCUUCUAUCAGCCAGUGCCGAUACCACCGUCAAGAUAUUCGAUGUGUACCACGACCGGGAACUACUGCGAAGCUAUCACGGCCAUUCAAAGGCUUUGUCGGAUAUUUGCUUCAACACAUCAGGCACUCAAUUCUUAUCUUCAUCAUAUGAUCGCAUGAUCAAGCUUUGGGACACAGAGACAGGUGUGUGUGUCAGCAAAUUCACAACUGGCAAGACCCCCCACGUUAUCAAGUUCAACCCUGGCCCCGAGCAUGCCAACGAGUUUCUGGCUGGUAUGUCAGACAAGAAGAUUGUCCAGUUCGAUAUCCGAACCAAAGAAGUUGUGCAAGAAUAUGACCAUCACUUGGCGGCUAUCAACACCAUUACCUUUGUCGAUGACAACCGACGCUUCAUGACAACCUCGGACGACAAAUCUCUCCGAGCCUGGGAUUACGGCAUUCCCGUCCCCAUCAAGUACAUUGCUGAGCCAGACAUGUAUCCCAUGACCCGCGCGGCUCCUCACCCAAGUGGUAAAUAUGUUGCAUACCAAAGCUCCGAUAAUCAAAUCUUGGUCUAUGGCGCAAACGACAAGUUCCGUCAAAAUAGAAAGAAGAGUUACCGCGGCCACAACAACGCCGGUUUGGGCAUCGACCUGGACUGCAGUCCCGACGGACAGUUCCUUGCUUCGGGUGACUCUGGCGGUUACGUGUGCUUCUGGGACUGGAAGACAUGCAAGAUGUAUCACAAGCUCAAGGCCGGCAACCAGGCCAUCACCAGCGUUAAGUGGCACCCUCAAGAGACGAGCAAGGUAGUCACAGCGGGUAUGGAUGGCGAAAUUCGAUACUGGGAUUAG